UCCAGGCAGCCAGGCCAGCUAACAAGUAGCCGCAUAAAACUAUUGGUUCAAUGCUCACUUCAAUUCAUUCGCCAGCUGGAAGUCGUUCGUCACGGGCGUUCAAUUCUGUUCGGGUUGCACAGGUGCUGGGCCGAUUGUCGAUUGCCCGCGAUCCUCGUUCUUCCGCUCUGUGCAGGUUGCAGCUGCAACGUGAAAUCUGAACGUGUGGAACUCCGUGAAGCCGAGUGGAUGCCUUUCGCGAACGAAACUCGCACCGACGGCAAAUACCAUAUUGAGUUAACACGCGAAUCUAUUCACACGCAGCCUCAAUCGUUCGGGGUGUUUGCUUUACGUGUGUGUGAAGGUGUUGUUUAGUGUUCAAAGUGUAUGUGUACAGUUGGUGAAGAAGGCAGGAAAAAUUAUUUUCCUUUUUUUAUUUUUGGGUGUUAAAUAUACGCACGUUGCGAUACUAAAAUCCGCCUAAAAUUCUGUGUUACGGCUGCGUGCUGUUAGUAUUUGGUUGCCCUUGUGAAGUUAACGAAAUGAGUGCUUCGGUGUGAAGUGGUUGGUAGAACAAAUAGAUAAUCAACAAUAGCUUAUAUGAUCUCGUUUGUUACAGUCAGAGUUUUAUAUUCAAUUUAAACCGAUACAUCCGUAAACCAGUUCUCCGGUGUGAACGUGAGCUUGAAACAGCUGUAUCAUGGCAAAAUUGAAAAUAGUCGGCGGACGGCCCAUAACGAUGGAUGAAGCUAUCGAACUACGGCAAACGGUAUUUGGAUCGGCAGCCAGUCCUCCACGUGGUGAAUGGACACGUACCGGAUUCACUUUCGGUCCUGCAAACCAGGAAUAUCCGUACGGACUGCGUACACCUCGAAAUGCAACGCGAGGCAUGCAGUCCGUGUUGCAGGCACACAUCAUCAAGCAGUUUAUCUUCGACAACAAGCCGCGCGAGAAAUCGGUCCCGCUCGAGGAGCUGCUGAAACCUACCGAGGCAGAACAGGCCCUGUCCCUGUAUACCGCCAUGUCGGACAUACUGUGGAACAUUGGGGAAAAGACGAAAGCGAUCGUAGCGUUGCCGGGUGAGGCGUCCCACAUACCGCACAGCCACGUUUACUUUCAGGACAAUGUAACGGAGAAGCUGUACUUCUUCGAGUUUACCAAGCUGGACGAUCUGCAGAUAUUUAUGAAGCGAUAUUUGCCCUACUUUACAGAAAAUCCGGGCCCAGGAACAUUGCUCUAUCUGUACAGUGCUGUAUUAACGCGUGGCAUGGAGAACAUGCGUAACGAUUUGGAUGCACCGAAGGGCGCACAUCUAAUGGGACCCCACGAGGAAGGGUCACUCAACGUCAUCACACUGCUGCUAACAGGUCGUGCCACACCGUACCUGCACAAUGGUGUCGUGUACGUUGGUGACGAGGAUCAUUACGCCGUACCACAAUUCGGAAUUCUCAGCCGUGGAGCGAUCGGUCUACUGGUUUGGGAAGGAGAAAAUGAAGCGAUGCGCUCCGCAUCACGUAUGCCCGGUUCGCGGCUCAAAACUCCGGCUACACCUGUUUGGGUUAGCUGCUGCUGUGGCCAUUACGGUGUACUGUUCAACUCCAAUCGAGAACUGCUCCGUAACUAUCAUGCCGAAAAGCGAUUCGAGCUGCAUUACUACACUUGCGCCGGUUGUUACCUUUCGAUGACCGUUGAUAACCGCGGACAGGACGAGGGUGGUGGUGAUACCGGUGACCAGGAAGGUGACCGGAAGCGGGACGAUAUGGUUUCUACGCCACUGGAAAGACUUAUACACACGAAAUGGAUGGACGCCAAGAUCACGUACCAUGGCGCAUUGCCAGCCUCGUUGAACUUCUAAAAGAUAGCAUGAUUUGUUUUGUGUGAUGUUUCACCUAUUAGAACGCUAAUAAUGAUGAUUGUGAGCAGAGUUUACGCCUUUCCUUGGCCUGUUACGUGCAUACUGGUUAUGGUGUACUUUCUCCGUAGAGGAAAUAAUUGAUCUUUUUUUUAUUUUAUUUCAGUAUUUAAUUUCGCGCAUUCUGUCUCUCUCUCUCUCUAAUGACUACAACGCAUUCCAGAGAGCUAGAUUCUAUUGGAUUGGAUUAUGCUGGAAGGAAAUUGAACGCUUGCAAAACCAAAAGUUACAAUUAUAACUACCGAACUCGCCCUUAAACAGACGCACGUUCUGCUUGCUAUUCCGAAUAAAUAGGGAAUAAAUUGUUC